AUGGUGACGCCAUUCAUCCGCCGCCAGGCUCAGUAUGCACACAGAGCUACAGUGGGCCAGAGCUCCCUUUCGGUAGCAGGAGGAGCAUCGACAGAUAUGCUCAGCAAGCUGAAAGUUCUCAUUUGCUGUCCGCCGGAACUGGACAGCAAACGCACACAGACACACAGGCCAGGAAGGCAGACAGGUGUGGCAGCCGUAGUAGGAGCGGCAGUACCAGUGGAACAGAGCCGACGCAGUGCACCAGAGGCUGAUAUUGAGUUGCCGGAUGUGCUGUACGAUGCCAACGAUUGUCGUCGCUUUCACACCGGCCAGCUGUUGGGUCGCGGCACCUUCGGACGCUGCUACAAGCUCGUCGACGUGGCCACAGGUCAAGACUAUGCCGCCAAGAUCAUCUCAAAGCGGCUGCACAUCAGCACCCUUUACACGCCCACCGAAAUGGCAGCCAGAGAGAUCACUGUCCAGCGCCAUCUCAAACAUCCGCAUAUUGUCCGUUUCGAGAGUUUCUUUGAGGACGCGGACCGCAUCUACAUACUGCUCGAACUCUGCUCCAGAGGGUCGCUGCGCGGACUUCUCCAGCGCCGCAAAUCGUUGACUGAAUACGAAUGCCGAUACUUCAUUCAUCAACUGGUUCUGGGCGUUCAGUAUCUACACGACUACCGCAUCAUUCACCGGGAUCUGAAGCAGGAGAACCUUCUCCUAGACGAACACAUGCAGCUAAAGAUCGGCGACUUCGGUUUGGCCACGCACCUGUCCCAUGCGGGAGAACGGAAGCAGAUGCAGUGCGGAACACCAGACUACACGGCGCCCGAGGUGCUCAGCGGCGAGGGUUACUCCCUAGAGGUGGACAUCUGGGCCAUCGGUUGUGUACUCUACGAACUGUUGCACGGCAAGCCGCCAUUUGAUUCUGAAACCCUGGAGGGCACCAUACGCAAAGUAAGGGCAGCCGAAUACGUCCUUAGCUGUGAGAUGAGUCCGGCCGCCUCCAAUAUGAUCAGCCAGCUGCUCCAACUGCACCCGCCAAGCAGACCUGGCGCCCAGGAACUGCUCCGACAUGAGUUCCUUCGGCAUGCCGACCUGGUCAAGUCCCUCUCCAACGCCUGUUUGAUUCUGGCACCCCCGACGAAAAAGGCAAAUGCAGCGUUGCAUGCGCAAAGACAGACUCUGGGGGCGACCAUCAAGCUAUAA